AUGGUGCACGCGCUGCUGCUUGGCCUUUGCCUUGGCCUUUGGGUCUGUGCCUGGGCACAUCCGCUGCAGGAUAUCGAUUUGAGUUCGCCCAAUGGACGCAUUGUGGGCGGCUAUGAGACGCACAUUGCCCUCUAUCCGCAUCAGAUUUCGCUGCGUCGCAAGGCAAUUACCGCACCAAAGAAUCCCUUUUCGCAUAUCUGCGGCGGCUCCAUAAUUGCCGAGGAUAUCAUUGCAACGGCGGCGCACUGCAUUAUUGCCACGGUCCCAAGUCAGUAUAAGGUGGUCGCUGGCACCAGUCGCCGCAAUGGCAGCGACGGCAUCAUUGUCUCCGUCUCCGAGAUCAUCAUGCACGAAAAGUACAACCCGGCUAACUAUGAUAAUGAUAUUGCGUUGCUACGCCUGAGUUCGCCGCUGCCGUUGAACAACUUUACAAUCCAGGCCAUUGAGCUGGCCAGUACGGACGCGACACCAGGUGCCAUUAGCACCAUUACUGGCUGGGGCACCACCAGUGCCGGCGGCACUGCAUCCGAUCAAUUGCGCGCUGUCGAUGUGCCCAUUGUCAGCAAUGAGCUCUGCGAUGAGGAUUAUGGUGGCAACCGCAUUACGGCGGGCAUGCUGUGCGCGGGUGUGCGCGGCGAUGGUGGCAAGGAUGCCUGCCAGGGCGAUUCUGGUGGUCCGCUGAUCAUUGGCAACAAGCUGCAUGGCAUUGUCUCAUGGGGCAACUCAUGCGCCUUGCCCACACAUCCGGGCGUCUAUGCCAAGGUCUUUUAUUAUCUCGAUUGGAUCGCGUCCAAGUUGCCUUGAACUCGAUCUAGCUAAAAAAAAAUCCUAGGAAUUCAAGCAUCCAAUUGUGUCACAUGCCUGAAUAAACU